GGAUGUUUAAAAUUGGGAGGAAGUAUUAUUUUCAUAUUUUACAUAUCAUUGCCAAAAUAAAAUUUAAAAAAGCUGUGACCAACACCACUUUUCGCAAACGAAUCGCAAGUUAGCAGCUGAGGUAUUGAAAUCUGUUGGGCAGUCUCUAGAAAUUUCACUGUUGCAUUCGAUCGACGCGCAUUACCAGCGCGGUAAACGAGCUAUGGAAGGCGAGAACUACCAAGGUAGAGGCCGAGGGCGUGGAGGUGGCGGACGUCGUGGUGAUCAUGGCCCAAGUCAACAGGUACAAGGUGGUUUUGGCGGCGGUCGUGGUGGUCGCGGAACUGGAUCUCAUCGGGGUGGGUACAAUCGCGGAACUGGAUCUCAGCAGCAACAACGGCCGAGGGACCAGGGUCCUGGCGAUCAGCGACCUCAGCAACAGUGCGCUCAGAUUUCCGCCAGUCAUGGUGGCGGGGCUCCUUCUGGAGGGCCGCAGCGGGCACAAUUUCAGUCUCCUCGGCCGCACUACACCUCUGAUCGUGGUCCGGCUCCUUGGGGUGGGUCAUGCCGGCCACCUCCUCAGCAACCUCAGUCCCAGCAACAGUCCGGCGGUGGUUUGGGUCCUCCCAGGGGUUGGCCGCAGAGGGCACCAACUCAGCCGCUGCCGCAGUACGACGGUGGCCAUUCUCUUCAGAGUGGGGCAUACCGAGCAGCAAUUCUGCGCCCUCAGGGCAUGAGGCCCUCUAGUGGGCCACCACGGUCUGUUUGGAGCGGCAAGUCUCAACCUCAAGCCCAAUCUCUUGAGAUUUCUUCAGUACCUGCUGAGGUUGGUGCGAGGACAUCCUCUUCAGAAAGUUCCAACAACAAGCUUCAACCUCAAGCCCAAUCUCUUGAGAUUUCUUCAGUACCUGCUGAGGUUGGUGCGAGGACAUCCUCUUCAGAAAGUUCCAACAACAAGCUUCAACCAAUCAAACGGCCAGAUAUAGGGACGAUUGCUACCAGGAAAAUCAAUCUCCUUGUUAAUCAUUUCCGUGUUUCUUUUGAUCCUGAGACAACAGUAAUCCACUAUGCUGUGGGUGUCCAAGUUGAGAAUGAGCCAUUGAAGAUGUUUAUUUGUAAUUCUCUUCUUUCCAUCCUUAAGGAACAUCUUUUCAGAGAUAAUCCUGAAGAAUUUCCAGAAGGGAUGAUCAAAUACGAUGGUGGGAGUAAUGUAUAUAGCCUUGUUCCGCUACCCACCGGAAAUUUUGAAGUCGUUUUGCCCAGAAGUGAUAAUUCAAAGACCUGCACUUUUACACUCACCGUCAACUACCGUAGUGAAUUCAAGUUUUCCAAGCUUAAUGAGUACUUCAGUGGUGUAGGGCAUGUAUUACCUCAUGAGGCUCAUGAGGUAAUUCUUCCGGGUUUAGUUAUGCAAGACAACCCCAGCCGCAAGAGGUACAAGGUUGGCAAGUCGUAUUUCUCCAAAGAAUACACGGAAAAACUUGGACCGUGUUUUGCCGCUCACACCGGCUUCAACCAGAGCUUGAAACAAACCUCCCAGGGUCUUGUUUUAUGCAUUGACUAUACAGUCUCUGCACUUCGCCAGCCCAUACCAGUAUUACAAUUUCUUCAUCAGUUUAUUGAUGGAUUUGACCUGGAGAUGUUCCAUUAUUUCCGGGACAGAGUUGAAGCUGCUGUAAUAGGUUUGAAGGUAACUGUGACCCACCGAAAAUGCAGACAAAAGUUUACUAUUAGAAACUUAACUGAGAAAAGAACUGGAGAACUGACAUUUGCUUGUGCUACGGAUCCUGAUGGAAAUGGUCCACCAAGAGAAAUGUAUAUUGUUGACUACUUCCUUGACAAAUACAAUGCCAAGAUUAACCACACCAAUAUUCCGUGUUUAGAUUUUGGGAAAGGUAAGUAUGUACCUAUGGAAUUUUGUGUCCUUAUUGAAGGCCAAACAUUUCCGAUGAGAGAUUUGGCUGGGGACUCGAGAUUAUUCAUCAGAAAGCUAUCACUUCCUCAGCCAGAGGAAAGACGGGAAGCAAUUCUUGCACUGGUGAAUGCUGCUGAUGGACCUAGUGGGGACGUCAGUAAAAACUUUGGAAUCGGAGUUGAACAUGACAUGACACAAGUUGUGGGCCGCAUACUUCCUCCCCCUAAUGUUAAGCUAGGAAGUUCAAAUAUGGCUUUGAUCAAUGAUAGAUGCCAGUGGAACCUUGUUGGGAAACACGUUGUUGCGGGAACUCCAGUUGUACGGUGGGCUUUGAUUGUUUUCACCGGUACUGUCGAUUCUGACAGCUCAAUUAUACAGUCACACGAUUUUGUUGUAAACCUGAAGUGGCUGUCCAGAAACAUGGGCAUCCACAUGGAAGAUCCCCUAAUCCGUGAAGUAGUGAACAUUCAACAACUGUCAUGUGUCACCCAGGUUGAAACCCUCCUCAAUCGUGUGGUUGAUUUGGCUAACAAGAAAACACAGGCCAAAUUGCAAAUCAUAGUGUGUUUUAUGCCUGGGAAGGACAAGGUUUACAAGUAUUUGAAAUGGGUUUCAGAAACAAAAAUCGGGGUGGUCACACAGUGUUGCGUGUCCAGUAAGUUCAACAAAGUGCGUAACCAAGUAUUUGCCAGCCUUUGCCAAAAGAUCAAUGCAAAACUUGGGGGUAGCAACUUUGAGCUUCAUGGGAGGCUUCCACAUUUUCAGGGUCAAGAGCAUGUCAUGUUCAUUGGGGCUGAUGUCAGCCAUCCAGAUGCCCCGACA